AGACACAUUAUUAUAGUUUCAUCUUUGGUUAAUAGAAGUAAACAAAUUUUAGAUAAAUUGUUAAUGAUAGCAAAUCAGCGUUUUUCUUGUGGUUUAGGUGAAUGGUACAUUUGUGGAGGCUGGUGCAUAUGGACAUGGCAAAUUGUCAAAUACAGAGUGGCUUGAGUCUGCUUUGGGUUGGCAUGGUUUGUUAAUCCAAGCUGACCCAUGGGAUUUUAUUACUUUGAGACGACAAAAAAGGAGUCGGGCAUCUUCUGUUCAUGCCUGCUUAAGUCCUACAGCAUAUCCAAAGGAG